AUGUAAAUUAAUUGUAAUAAUAAUGGAUUAAAUUAUACAUAAAAUGUCUAAUUAUAAAUAUUAAAUUAUGCCAUUAAACUAACCAUCCAGAUUAUUUUCUGUAAAGAUAAUCAAGAUCAAUGGGAUACUGAUAAUGCAUAAAUUUUAANAGUUUCACCACAUUAUGAAAAUUUCCUUGUUGCAAGAAAAUAUCUUCUUUUAACUUAUGGAGGAUUGAUUGUUAUUGGAUUUGCAGCAGGCACAACAAAUCUUCAUUGGAUUGCUAAAUCAUCAUUCUUACCAUUCUUAUUCUGGAUGCAAAUUAUGUAUUUCUACUUGGAAGGUCGUAAAUCAUUUAUGAAACCAUUACUUGCUAGAUUUUACAGAAGAGUAGCUGGAAAUGAAUGUUUCUAAUUAGAUCAAUAUUAUCAUGAAAAUAUGUAACUUAAAAUUCGCACACUACUUGAAGCAGCUAAAGGAUAGAUUGAAUAUGGAUAAUUACAUAAAGAAUUCAGAGAUGUUAAAGCAGAAUUAAUUAAUACUGUAUUUAUUAAUAAAUUAUAUUCUUUAGUUUCUUAUGAAUGAAUAAUUAAAUCUAUAGAGACAUGUUGUUGAGAGAUCAUAAAAUAUUCUUAAAUAAGUUUAAUAAUCAGAAUAAGUAAUUAUAAGAUUAUAUUAAAUUAGAUUAAUUAAAAUAGAUUAUUAUAAGAAAUUAUUGAAGCUGCUUAAAAAUCUUUAGAAACUAAUUUGAAGAAUAAUCUUCCAGAAAUCUAAAAGGCAUUAUUCAAAUCUGCUCUUAAAGGAUUAGCACAAGGAAAAAUGACUUAUGAAAAUGAUCCAUUAAUUGAAAUGAUACUUAAAACAAUUAAAGAACAUGUUAGUAAAAUAUAAAAUCUAUCUCCUGCUGAGUAAAAUUUUGAUUAAGACUUUCUAGAUAGAAGAAAUUGAUUUCACUUAGUAAAGACUAAUUAGCAGCUAUCUAAGCAAAUGAUAAAAAGUAAUUAUUAUUAAUAUUAAUAAAAUAGAGCAAAGGAAGAUUUCUUGAGAGCUGAACCUAAGAUUGAUUAAACCUUAAAAAACUAUGAAAAUGUGAAGAGAUAAAUUGCUUCAUGGGGAUAAUGAA